AUGCAAACAAAAAAUCGUAGUAGUAAUUCUAAAAAAUCAAUAAGUAAUGCUUUUUUAAAUUCAUAUAGUAGUAGAUGUUAUAGUAGUUUUGGUGGUGGACAUUCUCAUGGCAGUGGUCCUGUCGGUGGAAAAGGUGUACCACCCAAACUAUCGAUACCAGGCAUCAAACAUAUUGUUGCAGUGUCAUCAGCAAAAGGAGGUGUCGGUAAGUCAACGAUGUCUGUCAAUCUAGCGUUGGCAUUGUCGUCGUUGAAGGGUCUCGAUCUCUCUGUCGGUAUUCUAGAUGCCGAUGUGUUUGGACCGUCACUGCCGAUCAUGAUGAACCUGAACGAUGUGCAACCAGCCAUUGAAGAAUCUACGAAAAAGAUGAUUCCCCUGCAGAACUACGGUCGUGUUCCACUGUCUGGUGCGGUCAUUGUUUCCACUCCACAAGACGUUGCACUCGCCGAUGUUGUUCGUGGUGUAAAGAUGUUCCAGAAAGUACAAGUACCCGUAAGUUAUGGUAUUAUAAUAUUUAGAGAUAAUAGUAUUGUUGAGAAUAUGAGUCAUUUCGAAUGUCCAAACUGUCAUCAUAAAUCACAUAUUUUCGGAGAUGGUGGAGCAAAGAAGACAGCAGAGAGACUCGGUAUCAAUAUAUUGGGUGAAGUACCAUUGAAUCUAAAGAUUAGAGAGCUAUCCGAUUCAGGUAGACCAAUAACUGUUACAUCACCAGAUUCAGAGCAAUCAAAGGUAUUCAAUAAUAAUAGUAAUAAUAAUAAUAAUAGUAGUGAUAAAUAUAAAUUAGAUAUUCAUAAAAGUUAUAAAUUAGAUCAUUACAAUCAUCAUAAAAGAUCAAAAAAAAUAGAGAUAAACAACAAUGAUAAUGAAGAAUAUUUGAAAAUAGAUUGGGGAUUGAAUAAGUCGAAGAAGAAUGUCGGUGGUGGUAGUGGUGUUGGUGGUGAUCAUCAGGUAGAAGAGAUAGAAUUGGUUCAUGGAGAAUGGGGCGAUAAGUUUGUUGUUAUUAACAAACCGGCUGGAUAUCCUGUUCAAUCGAAUGAGAAUCAAUCAAUCGAGAAAAUGAUGAUAGAACGAAUGAGAAGAGAGAUGUUGGAGUUACAGGCAUUAAAUGAUAGUGCAUCAGCCGAUGAACCUCUCAAAGGCAGACCGAAACGAAGAUUGAAAACACUCGUUAAACUCUUUGACAACAAUCAUCCAAAGGGUAUAUUAUUAUACUUUAUCAACAGACUAGAUAAGUGGACGAGUGGAUUGCUGGUGGUCGCUAUUACAUCGCCAGUGUGUGCACAAAUGUCACAAACAAUGCACAAAUGGCAUAAAUCUUAUCGUUUAAUCACAGAUACACCAUCUUGUCUUAACAACAGCAAUAAUAAUAAUAAUAACAACAACAACAACUGUUGUUUCAUUUCACCAUUUAUCAAAGGUAAUCCUCCCAUUUUCGAUGUUAGUGGAAAAGUAAAUGGUAAUGGUACAAUUCAAAGCUAUAUUGGACCAAGAAUACAUCCUGUACCUUUGUUCAAACGUGAUAGUAAUAGUAAUGAUAAUGGUGAUGGUAAUCAAUAUAAAUGUAAGGAAUGUAAUGAGAGAGGUAUAGUUAGAGAGGUUGGACAUCCUUUCCUGUCGUCUUUUCUCUUGUUUGGAAGUAGUCCAGAGAAAGGAAAGAAUAAGUUCGAGGCACGCAAUGCAGAAACUGAAUACAAGCUACUGUCAAUAUCGAAAGAACAUAGAAAGGCAAUGUUCGAAGCAUCACUAAUCACCGGUAGAACUCAUCAACUUCGAAUUCACUUUAGUGAGUCAGGGUUUCCUAUAGUAGGAGAUCCUUACUACAACCAUUAUUUCAUCGAUCAACUUUUAGAUAAGAAUCAACAAAUACUUUGUGAAAAUACUCAACAACAACAACAAUCAACGUCAUCAUCUUCAUCAUCAUCAUCAUCAGAUGAUCAAGAAAAUGAAAUGAUGUUACAAGCAUAUAAAUUAACAUUUAUUCAUCCAACUACACUUUCACCUCUUACACUAACAAUAGAUCCACCUAAAUCAUGGAAUAACAUAAUAAAUAAACUAAAAAUCUAA